AUUGUACGAAAGACUGUUUAGAAAGCGUUUUGCAACAAAGUUUACAACAACACACAAAUCAACAUGGGAACCGUCAACAUGAAAAAAAUAAUGAUUUGCAUCGUCCAGGACUAUGGAUAUUCGUUGCCGUCCUGUUGGGAGCAAAAAUAUGUAAUACGGCGACGUUCACAUUGAUGGAUUCGUGUUGUAUACGACUGACCGAACUUUAUCACGGGCCUGUAGGUGGACAGAAGAUAUAUGGUGUAAUUAGUGCGAUCAUCUGUUCCCUUGUGGGUGGUGCUCUUGUAACUUGGAUGACGCAACUGAGAAAUUCAAGUCAGCGUCAAUACGACUUGGCAUUCUAUGGAUCAGACUUUCUUCUUCUGUGUUUGGCAUUUACAGUUUUUCAGAUGGAUGUCGUUGGAAGUGACACGUCAAAAAUCGAUUUACAAAAAUUAAAUAAAAAAUUCGUGUUUCAAUCUUUCCUUACACCUAACGUAAUCGCUUUCCUGGCGGUUUCAGUAUUUAAUGGCUUGUGUCACUUUUACAUCGACACAUACUUCGCAGUUUUCAUGAUGGAAUUAGGCGCCAGUGAUUUUCUUCUGAGUCUAUGCUCUGCAGUUUCAAAUAUAUCUGGAAUUCCAUUACUUUUGAUGGGAGACAAAACAAUUGAUCGGUUAGGCUACGCUCGAGUGAUUUCACUCGUACUACUCGCUUUUAGUCUAAGAAUGACUGGUUAUUCGUUUAUAAGAAACCCCUGGUUAUGUUUGCCACUUGAAGUGCUAAAAGCGUUGACAAGCCAAUUUUUUAUCCUUGCAUCUUGCCGAUUUUGUUCUGAGACAGCUCCUGUUGGUUUAUUGGCUACUCUCAAUGGAGUCCUACAUGCUUGCAACUUCUCCAUAGGAGGAGGAUUUGGUAACUUUUGGGGCGGAUUCUUGGCCUCGCGAAUGGGAAGAGCAUCUGGGUUUCAAUUGAUGGCCCUAAUCUCAGCAUUAGCUAGUGUACUAUAUUACGCAUUUUAUUAUUGUUUUCUGAAAAAGGUAACAAAGACCCUUGAAAAUGAAACUAACAUAACGUUCGUAAUCUCAAGUAGCCCUAUUCCAAUUAACGCAAUUGGUAAUUUUGGUGAAACUAGCAGAAAAUCUCUUAUUAAAGGACAAAAAUUUGUAUUACGUUCGUAAAUUAUUUCGCAUUUCACCAUAUUAAUGUAAAACAAAAAUUUAUAUUGAUAGUUAUUAAAGA